AUGGCGGCGAACCAAAUUCCACAAGAGCUCCUGGCCAAGUUAGCUGGCCAAAUCAUCCGGGACCCUGGCAUUCCAGUCGCAGCUCCAACUGUUUCAGCCUGGCAAGAACCGGCACAUCCUAUCGCGACUACCCAAUCUGAAGAUUUGCCGCAGCGCACUGACUUUGCCAUCAUCGGUUCUGGUAUCACUGGUACCAGUGUUGCCAAGACACUCCUUGAGAAUGGACUAGCACGCGAUAAGACGGUCACCAUGUUCGAAGCUCGGUCUCUGACUACCGGGGCAACCAGUCGCAAUGGGGGCUUUCUACUGAGCCAUGCUCCGCCGUUCUUCAAACGUUAUGCCGAGGCAUUUGGCACCGAUGCUGCCAGAAAGAUUGCCCUAUUCUGUGACCACACACUGGAAAGCAUUGUUGAUAUGGCCAAGGCUGAAAAUCUCGACAAUGUAAGCCAGAUCAGAGACGUCACGACGGUCGCUAGCUUCGAAGAUGAUGAAGGUUUCGCCGAGGUGGUCGAGUCUAUUCGCAUGUACGAAGAGGCUAUUCCUGAGGCUAAGGGGAAAUAUACAAUUAUCAACAAGGACACAGCAGAGAAGGAGUAUCAUCUCAAGAAGUCUAGUGGUGCUCUGGUCGUUCAUUCUCACGUUUUCUGGCCAUACAGGCUAGUUACGAACCUUCUGCAGCGCCUUCUCCAACUUUAUACAGAGCGUUUCGCAAUCGAGACUCACACGCCAGUAAUCUCGGUCACAAUUGAUGAGGCUGACAAUGAAUACCCCUACAUAUUGACAACUCCCAGAGGGACAGUCAGAGCCGCCAAAGUCUUUCACUGCACCAGUGGCUUUACAGGCCACUUUCUACCCAAGCUCAGGGGAGCAAUCUUCCCAUGCCGACUAUCCAUGACAACGCAGAAGCCAGGACCCCAGUGGGGAAACCGCCCCAACUCAUGGCUCUUCCAUUCCAAGCAAUCGUAUGACCCCAGCACCACCGUAGUCGAGCAAGGUCUAUUCUGGAUGCAGCAAAAUGCAGAAACCGGUGACCUGUUCGUUGGAGGCGACCUGCAGAGGUUGGACGACUUUCUGUCCUCAGACGAUUCUCUCAUCAGUGCUGAAUCUGCGAAAAACCUUAUUGACUUGCUCCCUAAGAGGCUCUUCAAGGAGGGGUGGACCAAUCCCAUCACAAAGACUACAAUGACCUCCGCCACUGCUCUUCAUAGAAUCUGGUCUGGAAUUCUCAGCAUGACGGCCGAUCAAGUCCCGAUUGUGGGGAGCGUGCCGGCAAGUAUCAGCGGUAGAAAUCUUGAAGGGGGAGAGUGGAUUGCGGCUGGCUUCAAUGGAUACGGCAUGUCACAGUGUUGGUUAUGUGGUGAGGCUAUCGCUCGUAUGGCCUUGGGAGAGCCAAAGCCAGAGUGGCUCCCGGAUGUCUACCUGAGUACUGAGAGGCGCCUGGGGGAUGAAAUGUCCAUGGGCCCAGAGGCAGCCCUGGCGUCAUUUUUUGCAAGGUGA